AUGUCCGAGUCGCGGUUAUAUACCUUCUCUCCGGAGACCAGGGAGAAGCUGCGAAAGUUUCGUCUCACCACCUCCAGAGCCAAGGAAGCCCAGGCCAUCAUAUACAUCAUCGAUAAAGAGACACAAGAGAUCCGCCCAGAAGAUGGCGAAGUCUACACCAAGAUGGAGGAUCUCGCUGACGAGCUCCCCGAAUCUUCGCCACGAUACAUUCUUCUCAGCCACCCACUGACCAUGAACGACGGUCGUCUCUCCGUCCCUUACGUCCUCCUCUACUGGCUGCCCGUGAACUGCAACCCGUCACAACGGAUGAUGUACGCCAGUGCAGUGGAGCUGAUGCGCAACUCCGCCGAAGUGAACCGGGUUAUUGAAGUACACGAAGACGAGGAUGUUACAUCCAUUGCGGAGAAGCUCGCCGGGUCCGACUAA